AUGUCGGAACGCGGCCCAGGAAAAGAACAGCUCAGCGACAUCGCCCAGCAGGCGGAGCGUGACCUCAACACGUAUCAGUCCAAGACGGGUACGGGCAAGGGACGGGUCCCGGGGCUCGAGGACUACGGCGUCAAUGAAACGGUCGAGAGGAAGUUCCCCGGUGCCACCGUCAAGGUCGGCGAAAACCUCGUAACGAACCGGAGCUACGACCGCCCGAUCCCCGCUGACGAGGGCGGUGACGUGGAUGAGCGUGGACGGUCACACAGCUCGGGCAAGAUCGACGAGGCCACAGUCAAGGGCUGGGGCAAGGACCCGCGGCAGCUCGAGGGGGAGACUGUGCGGGCCGACCGGCCGGACCUGCUGCCGGCCGACCAGGCGCUCGGCGGGCGCGGCCGGGAGCCGGCGAAGCAGGGCGACGUCUCGGAGCAGGGCCGGCUCGCUGCCAAGGCCAACGUGGGCCUCCCGGCCGAGAGCGGGCGGGAGGUGCCGGCGCAGGGGAGCCGGGGUAGCCAGUUCAAGGGCGAGUACUACGAGUCGCCCGAGUCGGUGCCGGACCAGGGGGCGGACCAGAACCUGGUGCCGCCGGAGAGCGCGACGGAGACGUCGAGGAAUACCUAA